AGUCCGAAUUGUCUCCCCUUAUCGUGUAUUCAAAAUGGUGAAAAUUUCCCUCCAGUUCAGUGCCCAGUUUGAAAAUGUCACCAACUUGAAAGCCGUAGACGAGGAUUUCCGAUGGUAUUUGAAGCUAAGAUGUCUGAACUGUGGGGAAGAGACUGCCGACUUUAUCUACCUCACCUUGACAGAUAGCGCCCCUCUCACAGGAGGCAGAGGCUCAGCCAGUGUCGUCCUCAGGUGCAAGUUAUGCAAGAGAGAAAAUUCCAUAGACAUACUGAAGGACACAUUGUCUUCAUACACAAUAGCUGAUGCUGGCAAGUUCAAGUCUGUGGUGACCUUUGACUGCCGGGGUGUGGAGCCCACAGAUUUCUCACCUAGGGUUGGAUGGAGUGUUGAAGGGGAAGAAUCUGGCACAGUGUUUUCAGACAUCGACUUAGGGGAGAAGGAGUGGUAUGACUAUGAUGAGAGGAAACAGACAUCAGUUAGCAUAACAGAGCUUCAGCAUAAGUUUGUGACAUCAAGGUGACAUGUGUUUAUCAGUUGUUAAGUAAAGCAUGUGAAGUACAGAAGAUAAGGAACUGUUUCAGCUGUAUUGAGAUGCUGUAUCACCAUGAGGAAGUGUCUUCACCAUCCAACAUGGGUGCUAGGAUGCGUUUGUUUGUUAUCUUGUACUUGUAGCUUUUUCUUGUGCAUCAAACUAAAACUCUUCAGUGCAUUAGAUUCUGUCUGUAUUAGGUAAAGCUUCAAUCUUUAUUGUAGGGUUCUAUCUGUAAGUAAGGCUUCAAUCCUAGUGGUUGGUUCUAUCAAUAUGUAAGAGUUCUGUCUGUAGGUUAUGGUUCUAUCUAUAUUUAAGGCUGCUAUGUGUAGAGUUCUAUCUUUAUUAUAGACUUCUAUCUAUGUGUGAAGGUUCUGUCUGUAGAUUAAAGUGCUAUCUAUAUGUACGGGUUCUCUCUGUAGGGUGAAGUUGUUUCUGUAAGGAAGGGAUCUAUCAGUAGGGUAAACUUCUAUAUAUAUGUAAGUAUUCUGUCUGUAAUGUACAGUUUCAUCUAUAUCUACGGCAACUGCAUCUAGAGUUCUAUCUAUGUGUAAGGGUUCUGUUACACUAACAAUUUUAAAGGCAACACACUUGCCCUAUGUAAUGUAUAAUAAUAAAUGAAAAUCAUUUAUUUUGAUAAUCAGUACAUGCAAAGUUGUUCCAAUGUGGAGUAUGUUGUAAUUUUGACCACUUUGUUGUCAGUGUCUUGAGAUUACACAUGAAUAAAGUAUUCAUUAUCCAAAACAC